AUGCUCGCCUCAAAGUCUAACGUGGCCAUGGCUGCCAUUGCCCUCUUUUUCUCGUCUGCUGCCGCCUUGGACCCAACUUGUGCUCCCGGUGGCAAUUUCGACCUCAGCAGAUUCGUUCUUCAGUUGCCAAGCGGCACCACCAACAAACCCGAUCAAAUCCCCGCCUCACAACUCGCGAGUUGCUCUGGCUACCAAGAUCCUGGCCACCAUUACUUCUUCACCGAGUCCGGUGAUGGUGCCUUGGUCAUGAAGGCCCCUGGAGGAGGAAGAUGUGCUUACUUCUCGGGUGCACCGCGCUGCCGCUCCGAAUUGGGCGAGACUGCUUCAUGGAGCUCUACUGCUGCGGUCAACCGCCUGACGGCUGACCUCCUCGUCACCACUGGUAGCAGCAUCUGCAUUGGCCAGGUGUUCCAGUCAAACUCCAACAACAAGCCUCUUGCUGAGGUCUACUACAGCAGCAGUGGCCAGAUCACGGUCGGUGUUGAGUAUGUUGCAACCGGAGGUCAGGGCCAGGACUUGAACAAGAUUGGCACUGUCACCCCCGGCAGCCGAUUCCAUUAUGAGAUGCGUUUUGAGAAUGGUCAGCUCCAAUUCUCUCUUAACGGCGGAGCCUUCAAGACCCUGAAGCAGUACUUUACUACAUCCAGGGCCUUUUUCAAGGUGGGCAACUAUAACCAGGGUAGCGACGACUCUGAUAUUCACGUCUUCGGCCUCACCGUCUCGCACUAA